AUGGGCUCCCGACUAGAAAAGAACUCGGCGCUGGUCCGCAAGCGCAUCGAGGGCCACACCUUCAGCGACGAGCAGGGCGAGGAAUAUGAGGCCUCCAAGUUUGGCGGGUUCGCCGACUACAUGCGGAGGAAGAAGAUCAAACUCCAGAACCUCGAUGUCGAAAUCCGCGCCAAUUCCUCCGACAAGCCGCCCAUCUUCCGUGGCGUCGUCGUCCAUGUCAAUGGCUACACACAACCUUCGUUAAGCGAUCUCCACACCCUCGUUGUUUCUCAUGGCGGCGGCUUUCUCCAGUACCUUGACGGCAAGACUGCCGUCACCCACGUCAUUGCAAGCCAUCUGACUCCUAAGAAGACGGUCGAGUUUGCACGCUACCGCAUUGUAAAGCCGGCUUGGGUGGUGGAUAGUGUCAAGGCGGGAAAACUGAUGCCCUGGGAUGCCUACAGGUUGGUUGACGAGGGUGUCACCCAGAAAGUGUUGAGUUUUGAGGGUGGUCAAAUUGUCAGUCAGGUCAAUACUCAGCAGAGCAGAUACAAAGACCAGACCGAGGGAAGUUCGUUUCUUUCUCAAUUGCCCCGAGGGGGACAGAGUCCUAGUCGAAACAAUGAAGAUGCUACACAAGUUCAGCAGACAGAUGACCCGGCCCCAGACGAGGAAGCCGAUGCUGCGAUGCUUCUGGGUGAAAAUGGACCGGGGAUGGACGAUGUCGUUCAAUCACCUGCAACUGCUGGAGCGACAAUCAGCAUUGAUGGUGAGCAUGCGAUUUCCGCAAGUGACGGGCCUGACCUGGAACACAAAUCACCCGAUCGAGGUCAAACAGCAGACGCCUUACUGAGUGACCCUCCAAAGCCCGAAAAGCGCCAAUUGACGGCUGAAGAGCACAACGCCAUUCUCCUUUCCAAUCCCCACAUGGCCAAAUCGAGUACCGCAAAUCCCGACUUCAUCAACCAGUACUAUCGCGAGUCCAGGUUGCAUCACCUAUCUACCUGGAAAGCGGAUCUGAAAGCACAGUUGCAGGCCCGCACCCAGGAGAAGCUGUCUUCGCAGAAAAGCAGACCCCGAAGAGCCCCAGGGGCAAGAAGGUACAUCAUGCAUGUCGACUUUGACAGCUUCUUUGCUGCAGUGUCUUUGCGUAAACACCCUCAUUUGGUCGACAAACCCGUGGUGAUUGCGCACGGAAGCGGACCAGGGUCCGAGAUUGCGAGUUGCAACUAUCCUGCCAGAAAAUACGGCAUCAAGAACGGCAUGUGGAUGAAAUCCGCGCUGGGUAUGUGCCCUGAUGUCAAAGUCUUGCCCUAUGACUUCAAGGCAUACGAAGAAGCAAGCCGUCACUUUUACGAUUCCAUUCUUGAGAUAGAUGGUGUGGUUCAGAGUAUAAGUAUAGACGAGGCUUUGCUGGACGUCAGCGAGCAGUGCAUCCAGGCCGGCGGAUCAGAUGGAAGAGCUCUCUCGGAAGGUUCAAUAUACCGCGAACAAGAAGCUGCCCAGCGUCUGGCGCAAGAUUUACGUGCCUCGGUGAAACAAAAGACAGGCUGUGACGUCUCGGUGGGCAUUGGAGGCAAUAUACUGCUGGCCAAGGUUGCUCUGCGAAAGGCCAAACCUGCCGGGCAACACCUGAUCAAGCCAGAAGAAGUUCUGGACUUUAUUGGCGAAUUGACAGUUACGGAUCUGCCCGGUGUUGCUUGGAGUAUUGGGAAUAAGCUGGAAGAAAUCGGAAUCAAGUUCGUCAAGGAUAUUAGAGCCUGCACCAAAGAGAGGCUCAUCACAACCUUGGGUCCCAAGACUGGCGAGAAGAUAUGGGACUAUUCCCGUGGUAUUGACAGACAGGAAGUGGGUGACCAGGUCGUUCGAAAGUCGGUGUCCGCCGAAAUCAACUGGGGAAUCCGGUUCAUCAAUCAACAACAGGCAGAAGAAUUUGUUCAGAGCCUCUGCGAGGAGUUGUCACGGCGGCUUCUCGAGCAAUUGGUCAAAGGGAGACAACUGACCAUGAAGAUCAUGCGCAAAGCUGCAGAUGCUGGUCUCGAUCCUCCCAAGAAUCUGGGUCAUGGCAAGUGUGAUACUUUUAACAAGAGUGUUGUACUUGGCGUUGCCACGAACGAUGCCGCUAUUUUGGGAAAGGAAGCCAUCUCCAUUCUGCGUGGUUAUGGCUUCCCCCCUGGAGAGCUGCGAGGCCUGGGCGUACAAAUGCAGAAACUGGAGCCUCUGAAGCCGACUGCUGCCAGCAUAGGCAAGUUUAUGGAUGGGAGCCAGCGAAGGCUGCAAUUCAAGAAGCCCAUCACUCAAGCAUCAACAUCCCCUAGCCUGGCUGAACAGGAAAGACAAAGCCCACUCCCCAGACGGACGCCGACGUCCAAUGCAGCGGAUGAUCCUAUCGAAGAAGUGCCAACUCCCGAGAAGCCGAAAGCGAGUGAAGUCAUUGCUGGGGCUGUUGAACCGGUCAUCCUAGCCGGCGAAGAGCCAUCCACCCGGAGGCUUCUGAAUAUCAGCGGUACACAGUUCAUGCUUCCGUCUCAGAUUGAUCCAAGCGUUUUGGCAGAGCUACCAGCGGAUAUCAGAAACAAACUUGCGCCCAAACAAAAGAGUAUUUUGGACAUCAUGAGCACCUCUGCUCGUGCAGUGUCCCCGUCACAUGAGCCUCUUUCGCGCUCCGUCUCGCCUUUCGUGAGCGACAACGAAGCUGCGUUACCCAGCCAGAGCCAACUUGAUCCCGAAACACUUGCAGCACUCCCGCCAGAUGUCAGGGACGAAGUGCUCGCCCAGUACAAGCAUCGGGACAAAAGAGAAAGGCUCCCAGCGCUCCAGAGUGUGCUGCCUCAAUCGCCUCACAAAUCUCGGGUUUUGGGCCCAGCGAAGAAGCUAGUUGUGACCCCAACCAAAAAGCAGAAGACAACAUCAUUGUCCGGCAAGCCUGGGUCGAAGCGAGGUGGCGAUUCUUCUGCGACUCUCACACAGUCUAAUUUCGUGUCCAUGCCCAAGACGAACUUGGAUCGACCACCCACGGAUUCCCACAUCUCUGAAGAAAUUUCUGAGGCUUUUCUGAACGAGCUGCCCGAGGAUAUUCGGCUGGAAAUUCUGGCAGAACAGAAGAGAAACCGCAUGAAAUCCAGAUCUGGUCUGAACUUCGACAUUAAUCGGAAAAAGGCCAAAGCUACCACUCAAGCAGAAGCUACAGCACGCGGGCAACAGAAGCUCCAAGUAGCAAAUAAGCCAGAUAAGCCAACAUUUACUUCUCAGAAGCUGAGUUCUCUGCCAGAGUUGCGGGAUGCCAUCUCGGCUUGGGUUCGAGAGCUUUCCGUUGAUGGCGAAGAACCUGAUAUGGAGGAUGUGACUGCACUCUCUGAAUACCUGAGCAAGGUCGUCUCUGUUGAGCGGGACAUGGCGAAGGCUGUCGCUGUGGUCAACUGGCUUGGUUUAGUGAUAGAGUACGAGAACUUUGGCAGUGACGGAAUACGUGGUUCGUGGGAGAAAGCGCUGGCUGUCCUGAAGAGAGACGUGCAGCAAGCGGUCAUGGAUAGAGGCCUGCCUGCGGUGGUAUUUGAAUAUUAA